CUGUCAAGUCUCUCAGCGCAAGCGCCGCUUCGAUCCUGCACUGGACAUGAGCUUGCAGGACGUUAUGGCGAGCAGUGUAGAGUUCGGGACGUGUGCCAUGCGGGGAUCCUGCGGUACGAAGGGAUGGUUCGGUAAGCCGCUACCGUGUCCCUAUGAUGGUUCUGCGCAACCGCCUGAGGACGAGGAGGCUCGGUCACUACUGACGACUGUUUGCGGCCCUGAGUACGCCGAAGGACCCGUAUGCUGCACUAAAGAUCAAGUCGAAACAUUGUAUGACAACCUGAAGACCGCUGAAGGGAUUAUCUCCUCGUGCCCAGCUUGCCGAAAUAACUUCCGGUCCUUCUACUGUACCUUCACAUGCUCGCCGGACCAGGGUACUUUCUUGAACGUCACUUCAACUCAGAAGUCUAGAACUGGAGAAACUGCUGUUAAGGCCGUAGACUUCUUCGUUGGACAGCGGUUUGCAGAGGGUUUCUUCGACAGCUGUAAGAAUGUGCAGUUCGGUGCCAGCAAUGGGUAUGCGAUGGACUUCAUAGGAGGGGGUGCUAAAGAUUAUAAGGCAUUUCUGAAAUUUAUGGGUGACGAGAAGGAUCUAGGCAGCCCUUUCCAGAUAAACUAUCCAUCUGAGGUGCCAGAUAACUUCACGGCUCUCGAUCCCAUCCCGCGCAGCUGUGCAGAUAAUGACCUGAGCAGUCGUUGCACAUGCAUUGAUUGCCCCGACGUAUGCUCCACUCUGCCAUAUGUUCCUCCGCCAGGUUCCGAGCCAUCAUGUCAUGUCGGUGUUCUGAGCUGUCUCUCCUUCGUCCUCAUUUUGGCUUACUGCCUAGCAGUGGCUGGAUUUUCCAUCGGCUAUCUGCUACAGCUCACCAUUCGUCGACGCAGGGAAAAGAAGUAUGAAAGGUUGGUUCUGGGUGCCGAUGCUGCGUCGGAAACCAACCACCCACUCUCUCCGAGGUCUGGAAAUCGUGGUCUGCUGGGCGCGUCAUCCCUUGCUCAGUAUGUUGACGGGGAGGAAUCAACCGGAGCUGCGUCUUCAGAAGAGUCAAGACAUCAUCUAGGACGUGGUGCGUCGCUUCUGGACCCAAUGGACACUGUUCAACCUCGACAGUAUCGGUUGAACAACGUCCUUCGGCGUUUCUUCUACCAACUUGGCUUUACUUGUGCAACCUCACCGUGGUUAACCCUCAGUGUUGUCUUCUUGCUUGUCGGGCUUCUAAACCUAGGUUGGACAAAGUUCCAAGUUGAGACCGAGCCCGUGCGUUUGUGGGUCGCUCCAGAUUCUGAGAGCAAGCUGCAAAAAGAGUACUUCGAUGAGCAUUUCGGGCCGUUCUAUCGUCCGGAGCAGAUAUUUGUCACGUCCGUCCCAGCGGCGACGGCCGACUCUGCUCCCGAGAAGCCGCCCGUUCUGUCAUGGUCGCAUCUCAAGUACUGGUCGAGGGUGGAACAGGGAAUACGGUCUUUGCGUUCUCCAAGCGGAUACAGUUUAGAAGACGUCUGCUUCAAACCCGCCGGGCCAGACGGCGCCUGUGUGGUCCAGUCGGCACUUGCGUGGUUUGGAGAAGAUAUCUCAGAUUACGACGAGAAUACUUGGGCAGAACAUCUUCUUGACUGCGCCAAUUCUCCGGUCGACUGCCUACCAGACUAUCAACAGCCUUUGAAACCCGAAUUCGUUCUCGGAGCAGUGCCUGAAACUGGCGAUGGGAAGAAGGAUUAUCUCAAGGCUGAAGCACUAGUGGUGACUUUCGUCGUAUCAGACUCCCUUGACCCCGCCGUCCAGGAGAGAGCGACGGAAUGGGAACGAACGCUCAGAAAGUAUCUUCUGGACGUCACAGAGCAGGCUCGACAGGAGGCGGGCCUAGCCGUGUCUUUCUCGACUGGUGUGUCCCUGGAAGAAGAAAUCAACAAGAGUACGAAUAUGGACGUCAAGAUUGUCGUUCUUUCUUAUCUAGCCAUGUUCUUCUACGUGUCCAUUGCAUUGGGAAAUGGCGUUGCUGCAAGGGAUGAUGAAGGCGUCGUGUCCUCCCUAGCCCGGUGGGCUAGGAACUUCCCGAAACUUUUCCGUCCUACGGGGAUAACCUCCUCUUCGUUAUCCAUCGACUCUCGUGAAACCCCUCGCCUCUUCCCUCGUCUUCCUCGGAAGUUGUUUGUCGGCUCGAAGUUCACGCUAGGACUUUUUGGCAUCGCGCUUGUCAUCCUCUCAGUUUCAACCUCUGUGGGCUUCUUCUCCCUUCUCGGAGUCAAAGUUACUCUCAUCAUUGCGGAAGUCAUACCAUUCUUAGUCCUGGCGGUCGGUGUAGACAAUGUUUUCAUUCUCGUCCACGAACUGGACAGGCAGAAUUUAUUGCAUGGACCCAAUGCAGCAGCGACAACUGCUGCAGUCCAAGGAUCCUCGAAUGAAUACGCGACGACUCCCAUGUCACCGACACGACCCGAAAACCCUAGGUCACCCUUCGCCGCAUCGCAUGACGAGAGCGUGGAUGCUGCGUCCAUGCCUUUGUACUUGAGAGCAGAGGAACGUGUAGCUCGGACACUGGCUAAGAUGGGCCCGUCAAUACUGCUCAGCACGGUCACAGAGACUGUAGCAUUUGCACUGGGCGCCUUAGUUCCCAUGCCGGCCGUACGGAACUUCGCGUUAUAUGCUGCCGGAAGCGUUUUAUUGAACGCCCUCCUACAAGUAACCGUUUUCAUCAGCGCGCUAGUUUUGGAUCUCAGACGUAUGGAGGCAAAUAGAGUAGACUGUUUCCCUUGCAUCAAGUUGCAUUCGAGAGUCGCUCUCUUAGACGCUCCCUCUGCCAGCCAUGGGUUAGGCUCAAUUGCAAGAUUCAUCCGGCGUCGUUAUGCCGCCUUCUUGCUACGACCUGUUGUCAAAGGCGUCGUGCUGCUUACGUUCGGUGGCCUAUUCGUGGCCUCGGUCAUUUCAAUCCAGCAUAUGCAAUUGGGUCUCGACCAAAGGCUUGCGCUCCCUUCGGAGUCGUAUCUCAUACCUUACUUCAACGACCUGGACGCAUAUUUGGACGUCGGACCCCCGGUCUACUUCGUCUCCCACGACGUCGACGUUACUCAGCGGCCAGGGCAACAGGCUCUGUGCGGUCGGUUUACCACGUGCAAUGAAUCUUCUUUGGUAAACGUCCUCGAAGCUGAACGCAACAGACCUGAAUCAUCCUUCAUCGCCGAACCCUCAGCUUCUUGGAUAGAUGAUUUCCUGCGCUGGCUUGAUCCCGCUCAGGAAGAAUGCUGCAGAGUUCUUAAGAGGAACACAGAUCGCUUCUGCACUGAACGUGAUUCUUCUGCCCGGUGUCAGCCUUGCUUUGCCGGGCGAACACCGGCGUGGAAUAUCACUAUGGAAGGGCUGCCUGAAGGGAACGAGUUCAUGAAAUAUCUCAACCAGUGGCUGAUCUCUCCAACGAACCAAGACUGCCCUCUAGCAGGGAAGGCCUCAUUUGGGAUGGCACUGUCCCUCUCUGAGACUCGGGAUGAUGUUAUAGCGUCCCACUUCCGUACCUUCCACAAGCCGCUGAAGUCACAGGAGGACUUCAUCAAUUCCUUCGCAGCUGCCCGCCGUAUCGCGGACGACAUAUCUGAGCGUACUGGGACGAAGGUCUUCCCUUACUCGCUCCAUUACGUGUUCUUUGACCAAUACGCACACAUCGUCGCAAUCAUGCAGGAGAUACUUGGCCUUGGUCUAGGGUCCGUGUUGCUCGUUACCGCCCUUCUACUUGGGUCCUGGAGGACUGGCACGAUUGUCACCGGAGUUGUCGCUUUGACCGUCGUUACUGUAAUGGGGGUGAUGGGACUGUGGGGUAUCAGCCUCAACGCCAUAAGCUUGGUCAACCUUGUCAUAUCGCUUGGCAUAGCGGUCGAGUUCUGCGCACAUGUUGCCAGGGCAUUCAUGAGUGCUGGAACGGGUCUGCCUGCGGACCAUCCUGCCGGCCAGAAGGAAAGAGACGAGCGUAUGUGGACAGCAUUGGUUGACGUUGGUCCGUCGGUUCUGUCUGGUAUCACUUUCACCAAGUUAAUUGGGAUGGCUGUACUCGGCCUCACCCGCUCAAGGCUUCUGGAAAUCUAUUACUUCCGCAUGUGGCUAACGCUAAUUAUAUCGGGUGCUCUGCACGGGCUGGUCCUGCUUCCGGUUGUGCUAAGUCUGGCAGGUGGGCCUGGAUAUCCUACGCAGGAGGCUGAUGAAGAAUGGAUGUCUAAUGCGAUGAGAAAUGACUAUGAAUAUGCCCCCUUCUUGGCAGAUGACGAGUCUGUAAUGAGCGAUUAGAUACCAGUUGGAGGAGACGGAUUUGUAUUUUAUAACAUGCUACGAGGCAAUGUUGCUACACAUACACCGUAGAAUACCCGUAUUCACGCCUCAUACAUGGUGAUGCGCAUACCGAGACACUUCGCAUCAGGGUGAUCGAGGAGACCUGGACCUGCUAUCCCUAAUAUCAUCCCGACUAUAACUUCUUCGGCCUCUGCUAUAAGACCUAGACCUGCUCUUGCUGCGAGAAUACCUUGAGUAUGAAGAAUAUGAUGCAGAGCGGGAGCGGGAGUAUGGUGAUCGGGUACGUGAGCGACUGGAACGGACAGAAUAGCUUGGAGACCUAGUCCGGCGGCGACCACGGUUGUAACUGGGUGACCUCCGCCUGGGCGGGAAGCGAUCCCUGGCGCGAAUUGGCGAACGAGAGCGCGAGCGCGACACGGGUCGAUAGGUGUCUCGCAAAGGAGGCGGUCCCCGACGUCCGUACCUUGGCCUGUAGGUAUCAUCCUGUCGCGGCUCAUACCCUCCACGUCGUGCAAAUCUGCGUGGAGGAGGCGUGAGAGAGCGAGAAGGUGAGCGCGAGAGAGAACGAGGCCUGUCACGUCCGUUCCGGAUGCGAGGACGAGACGGUGAUGGCGAGCGGAUAGGGAGGUCUGAGAGCUCGGCUUUUAUGAUAGCGCCGUCAAUCUGGCCGCCGUCCAUGUGCGACGAUGCUUCGUGCGCUGCUUUGGGGUCCGCGAACUCCAAAGCUGCUUUCCCUCUGUUCUGCCCCGAUUUUCCAAACAAUGGUAAGUCUACCUUAGUAAUCUCGCCAUAGAAUCCAAAGAUGGUCUUCAGGUGAGCUUCGACAACGUUUCGGGUCAGAUUGGUGACAACUACAACGCGCGCAUGCGGUUUAUCGAGGCCACCGCCAUUUUC